UUCAUAUCGAUCAAAAAAACGCCCACCAACUCCAUUUCUCCUUUCUCCUUUCUCUCUGAAAAAAAAGAAAAUGACUAGCAUUUGUAAGCUCUCGAAUCCAUGCUUCAGCUCAACCUCGUAUGGUAGCAGAUCUUCAUCAACACCUAAGUUUGUUGUCCAUCUUCGUACUAGCACCUUUAAUCACACCCUCUCUGGCUCCAAGUUAUCACUUGUUAUCAAUCCUUCUAUUAGGGCAUCUUUGUGUGUCAAAUGCUCCCAAGCUGAUGGAAAUGGAAGCUCAGUGAAGAAAACUACUCUCCAUCAUCUCUAUGAGACGCAAGGACAGAGCCCAUGGUAUGACAAUCUGUGUCGUCCCGUCACCGAUCUCAUUCCAUUGAUUGACAGUGGUGUCAGAGGUGUAACCAGCAAUCCGGCGAUUUUCCAGAAAGCUAUAUCAACAUCAAAUGCUUACAAUGACCAGUUCAGGGAACUUGUACAAGCUGGAAAAGAUAUAGACAGUGUGUAUUGGGAACUUGUGGUAAAGGACAUCCAAGAUGCAUGCAAACUCUUUGAGACAAUCUAUGAUAAAACAGAUGGUGGCGAUGGGUACGUUUCUGUUGAAGUCUCACCUAGACUUGCUGAUGAUACAGAGGGGACUGUGGAGGCUGCAAAGUGGCUUCAUAAGAAGGUUGAACGUUCCAAUGUGUAUAUUAAAAUUCCCGCUACUGCUCCAUGCAUUCCUUCCAUCAAGGAAGUCAUUUCACUUGGAAUAAGUGUCAAUGUGACGCUUAUCUUUUCUCUUUCAAGAUAUGAAGCAGUCAUUGAUGCUUACCUUGAUGGUCUUGAGGCCUCUGGGCUAAGUGAUCUAUCCAGAGUCACAAGUGUUGCAUCAUUCUUCGUUAGUCGAGUAGACACACUUAUCGACAAGUUGCUUGAGAAAAUUGGAACUCCAGAGGCUCUUGAUCUUCGUGGGAAGGCUGCAAAUGCACAGGCUGCUCUAGCUUACGAUCUUUACCAAAAGAAAUUUUCUGGUCCUAGAUGGGAGGCGUUGGUAAAGAAAGGUGCCAAGAAGCAGAGGCUAUUGUGGGCCUCAACUAGUGUUAAGAACCCAGCGUAUCCCGACACUUUAUAUGUGGAUCCUCUGAUUGGACCGGACACUGUUUCAACAAUGCCUGACCAAGCUCUUCAAGCAUUUAUUGAUCACGGUUCUGUUGCAAGGACGAUUGACGCAAACUUAUCUGAAGCAGAAGGUAUCUACAGCGCCCUCGAGAAGUUGGGUAUUGACUGGGGCUUUGUCGGGUCUCAACUUGAAUUGGAGGGUGUGGAUUCUUUCAAGAAGAGUUUCGAUAGCUUGCUUGACAGUUUGCAGGAGAAGGCAAACACACUCAAGUUAGUGAGUCUGUAAAACAAGAAGUUGUUCAAUUUGCUAGGAGAUAUAAUAACUGAAUAAAUGUUAAAUUCUGUUUAUCUGAGUUUUCUGCAUUGUAAUGUAUAAUCAGAGGAUAUUUGGUGGUACUACUUUUCUUUGUGAGAAAUUUGAUGUUGGUUUAAUUUUGUGGUUAUCAAAUAUCAACCUUAUAUCCUUUC